UUGGGAUCUGUCUGGAAUAAAGUCCAUGUCUAUGGUGUAUAUGUCUUGUAGACAAAGUGUACAAAGAAAAUAAGGAUAUCUUUACACCUACAUAUACACAAUCUUGAUGAACUUUGCCUUAGCUGUCCUGUUUUUGAAUUAUCACCACUUUUGGAUCAAAGUCCAGCAGCCCCAUCAAAGGCAAGCAUCGCUGACAUUGCCAGCACACCAAAACAACCAAGAGAUUGACCAGAAUGGAUACAACAUCCUCAUUUCUAAAGUCAGUAACCAAGCGAGUGUGGUCCCCACCGCAGAGACCUUUCAGGGUUUGCAGCCACAACAGAGAGGUCAAGAAGGGUGUCACAGCUGGAACUCUGGAGGAGCUAAAAGAGAGAGUACAACAGGCGCUGUUGCUCUCCCUGGUGUCUCUGGUUUGUGAAGACGAUGGAACAGAGGUAGGGUCCGAUGAAUUCCUCUCAACUCUGCCAGACAACUCGAUGAUCAUGGCCUUGAGGCCCGGACAGACAUGGCAACCCCAAGUGGGUGCAGUUGAGAAGAUCAAGCCCAAGUCAGGAAAAGACAUCGCAAGUGUCACCUUUGACCUUUAUAAGUUAAACGCAAGGGAUUUGUUUGGCUCUCUGAGCGUGAAGGCCACCUUUCAAGGACUGUACUCUGUGAGCGCUGACUUCCAGUGUCUGGGGCCCAAGAAAGUCAUCAGAGAAGCCCUCCGUAUGGCCUCCACCCUUCUCAACGCCGCAGGGCACCUGCUCAUCACCUCCGCCUCCAUGAUCCGUCGCAUCAUUGAGGGCAUGGAGCUUUGGCAGCCCCACAAGACAGAGUACACAGCAUCCUGGAAGUGACAACGCAAGUUCUUUUUUUUUUUAAGUAGACCUUAAAUUAUGCAAACAAAAGACACAUUUUGCAAGGCAUUUUGUAUAUUUUAAACAAAGCAUCUGAUCUUUAGUGUUAAUGUUGCCAAUUAUAAUGAUCUCCAUGACACACCCUUAUGUGUGGACUGAAAAGCGCAAAACAUUUACUAGUGACAGGUGGUGCAUUUCAUACCUGGGCCUUCAGUUAGGGACCCAGUCCACCUCUAUUUGUCUUAUCACCUCUCUUAAUUAUAUAAACCAUCAAUAAUAUACAAAAUAAUUUGGGAUGAAUACCAUUACUACUUAAGGAAGUCUUUGAAUACAUCGUCUCUAAACAGCUCCAAACCUAUACUACACCAUAAUGUACAGCAGUGAUUUUCAACCACUGUGCCACUGUACACUAGUAAUUGUCCAAAUACUUUUUUCUAAAUUCACAUUUAUUAAUCAUUUUCUGCAAAUAUUGUCAUUAUCGAGUGUCCGUGGUGUAAAGACUGGUGGAGCAAUGUAAUAUUCGUCCGUGUGGCAACACGUUGCUGAUUGCUUCGUUCCUCCAAUAGACUUAGUGCUGCACGUGAGGUAAUUAGUGGUGUGCGGCAAGAUUUUUCCAAUGUAAAAAAACGUAAUGUAGCUAAAAAAAAGGUUGACAAACACUGAUCUACAGCAGUUAACAAUCAAUGUGUACAUGACACACACACACACACACACAAAAAAUACGUCCCAUUCACCACUCACUUGUAAGGACUGGUCUGGAAGACUUCCGGUGGAAGUGGCAAACAAACCCUUUCCCAGGCUGACUUGUAUAUAAAACAUACGUACUUAUUUGUUCAUAUAAUGCGCACAGAACAAUAAACAAUGUCUAUAAACAGGAUCGAUUAAGUGCUGUUGUCAUGUGAUGAUGCGUUCAAGCAUACCCAUAACUUUGGGUGUUAGGCAUAGGCUUUCAGACAUCAGUUGGAGGUCAGGAAAAUAUGAUGUCACAGUGAGGUGAAUCUGAAAUGUGAUGUACCACUGAUAUUUACCCUGUGAAUUAACAUUGUUUUUUCCAUUCAUUUUCUACCGCUUAUCCUCAUGCAGGGGUACUGGAAUCUAUCCCAGUUUUGUUUCAAAUGAAAACGUUUGAACACUGACACAAAUCUAAGAACAGGCUUCACCUGACAGUGUAAUAAAUGUUCAGUUUUGUAAUUUUGUUUCCCAAACUGGUGAUACGGUCUGACCUUUGUUACAUGUACAUUUUGUCUUAACCAACAACACCUAGUUUAUAUUUAAGACUACUAACCAGAAAUUUUAUUGGAACAUGUCUGGCCUUCUCCAAGGAAAAGUGGUGUCCAGAAGAUGACGUCAGCUCUGAAAUACUCGGCAGCAGUACAUACAGUGCCUGGCAAGUCUUUGUGGAACAAAAUAAAAAGCAAAAGCCUCUAGAUCAUGCCUAUAUC